AUGACCGCAGUACCCAUAGACUACAUCGAUAACCAGCACUCACCACCCGGCUACCACCCUCCUCCACCUCCUACUCAUGUAGGGCACUAUGCCAUUCCACACGUGUCCUUGAGGUUACCGUAUGGGGAUACGAGAACUGCAGCAGACAUUACAAGGGUGGAACAAGUUUAUGGGACUACCAAUCGCCGACCUCACGUAGUGCAGGUAAACUCCCACUACAUGGUGCCAUUUGGAAACCCCGGACCCAGAAACCAGCAGCCGAGAGUGGUCAUGCUUCAUCGAAGCUCGGAAGGUUAUGGUUUUGUUCUUCGUGGAGCCAAAUCAAAACUGUCAACGGGAGGCAGCUUCAAUGAUUUCACGCCAACAGCCGAGUAUCCAGCCCUGCAGUACCUGGACAGUGUCGACCCAGGCUCACAGGCUGACCGGGCCGGGCUGCGGGCUGGCGAUUUUAUCUUGGAGAUUAACGGUGAGAAUGUAGUCAGAGCAUCACAUGAACGAGUAGUUCAUCUGAUCCGCUCAUCCAGUGACAUACUGACCCUCAAAGUGGUCACAGUUAUCCUCAUGGAUCCUACUCCCAGUGACUGGCAUGCUUAUCCAGACAGUGGAUCAAUGACUCUACCUUCCCGCAAGAAAAUUGCUGCCCCACUGCCACCACAGAGGGACCCACAGACAUCCUUGUCCUACAGCAAAGCAAGCUCCAAGUCUAUGGCUGAGGGGCUUGCUGAAAUUGGCAAAUCGACACUUGAAUUGAACCAGGAAGCAUUAAAAGCAGCGGUGGCCAAACGUAAAUCUCGCUUAGAACAGAUCGAGGAUACUUCCGUUGUUAGUGAGAUAGAGGCCAGGCUGAACCGAAGUAAAAAACUUCAAGCUGCAAAAUAUUUUGGUAGUGAUGCCAACAGAAGUGAUGCAUCUACCAAGAAAGAGGAAGUGGUCUCUUCACCAUCUGUUUCAGUAGCUGCUUCUGUCAUGGCCGACAGUUCUGAUAAAACUAAAGAUGGGGCAGUUAAGUCUGAACCUCAAAACAAGCAGGUCUCACCAAAUGUGCCUGUCAAAACAUAUCAAAACACUGGUAUCUCUUUGGGGGAAAAACAGCCCAGCCAAGCAAGUUCAUCAGUUCCUGCCAAAAGUAUUGUAGAUUUCAGGUCUGUCUUAAAACCUGUUGACAUUAAAGGUGCCUCCCCUGUGGCAGUUCAAUCUAAAGCUUCGGUGACAUCCCCAACAGAAGUGACCCCAUCAACAGCAACUGGAGCUAACAUCACUACAAUCAUUAUGACUAAGAGCAACUCUGGCAAAGUCCAAGCUCCACCACCUCCUCCACCAGCACCUGCCAUACCCUCAGCAUCAGCCAUACCCUCAGCAUCAGCCAUACCCUCAGCACCUGCCAUACCCUCAGCACCUGCCAUACCCUCAACAACUGCCACUAAAUCCUCAACACCAACAAGGUCAGCACUCCCUGCAUUGCUAACCAGCAACACAGCACAGAAGGUUGGUGGAAGUAAUUCAGCUGUGUCAAGUUCAUCAUCACCUACGGCCAGCUCCACCUCAGCCAGUCCCUCAGCUAGUAAAACCUCUUCACCCGCUGAUUACAUUGCUCUGGCAGAAAGAGCUAGACAGGAGUACUUGAAAAAGAAGGCAUCUGGUAAUCUUCAAUCCCAUAUAGAAAAAAAGGGGCCUGUUGAAAUUACUCCUAACAGAAAAAGCAUUCAACGUAACAAACCCACUUUGCCAGCAUCACCAACAAGUGCCCCUAGUGAAUCAUCAACCAGACCCAGUGAGUCCAAGGUCAGCGAAGUCAAACUAGAGUCUGGAAUUAAGGAUGGCCAAGUUUCUGUCCAGGAUAGGAUUAAAGGUUUACAGCCUGAGAAAAACCUGGCAAAUGGGAAAACAAGCCUAGCUGGAGUUACUGAAGACCAUUCUUAUACAGAUGUAACAUUGAGCAAUGGAACUCUUAAAAAGUCACCACCAAAGAAUAGUGCCUUGCCCCCUCUAAACAUGGCACCGGCACCACCUCCAGGAUUUGGUGACAAUGACGGAAACUCAUCUAUAACAAAAGCAGUUGUCAUUGACAUCAUUUCCGCUCCAUCAACUUUCAACGCGGCAGGCAGCCCUGAUUCAGCAUUAAGUAUUCCGUCUUUUGGCCAGGAUGAUGCUGCAAGUUUUGUAUCGUCUGCAUCUUCCCUCAGCACCUGGUCAAGUGAGUAUGGGGAUGGAACCCACUACAGCAGACCAAAAGAUAAUAUCAAAGACUUCAUUGCACAUUCCCCUCCUCCUCCUCCAGACUUUGGAGACUUCAGUUUGGGAGAUCAAGAUACAUUUAUUCCUCCACCCCCAGAAUUCUUGGAAAUAGACUCAAACGCUAAUGAAACCAAGACUAUGGAUAAAAACUCUAAACCAUUUACAUCCAAACUGGUUUCAAACUGGUCAUGUAUGGAUGUUUUAGACUGGCUGGAUAGUCUGAAUUUACCUCAGUAUCGAAUCAGCUUUGCCAAAGCGCAAAUCAAUGGAAACAAGCUGAUGAAUAUGGGCAGAAAUGAGUUUAUCAACUUGGGAGUUACUCAAGUUGGACAUCGAAUGAACCUGGAACGAUCGGUAAAGAAACUGAACAUUGGCCUCUCUACAAAUUUGUAA